AUGCUUCCUCCUCCACCAUCAUCUAAUGUCCCAGUUAAAGAACCUUCGCUGCCUCGAUUACCAAUUUUGAACACUCCAGCAAAAGGGACGUCUACCGAUUCGCAUCCACCUCCUAAUGUUGGGUGGGCUCCCACAAUAGGACUGGCAAAGGUAGACAAAAGAAUUUUAACUUUCAUAAAUUCAAAAUUUCAGGAUCCCUCAACUGCAUCGCCGAAUGCUGUCGUUCUUCAUCCAAUUGGACUUUCUAAGAAGAAAAAUACAGCAACAAGUACAACAACAAGUAGUACCGAUAGCUCUGAUUCAAGUGUUGGAACUACAGAACGAACUCAAGAAGAUGACGGUGGGAUUCUAACUGUGCCAAGGAAGAAGGAAAAGAGUCGUCGCAAGAAGCAUAAACGAGGGAAGCGACAUUCGAAAUCAAAGAGGAAGAGAUCAAAAAGAAGCAAAAGGGGAAGGCGAUGAAUCAUAAGGAUAAUUGGGAGGUAUGAUAAUAGAUAUUUGUGAUCUUCUUUGGUAUUCUCUGUAUUAAUGUUGAUGUA